UGUUUGGCAUUGGCAUUAGCAUUAUUACUUCUUUAAUCUUACCUUUAGAUUUUUCGUGAAAUGUGGCACGAACGGAUUGCCAAUAAGAAGUGCUCCGAUAAUUACCUAGACUCUAAGACAGUUAGUUAAUAAGGUACAGAUCCUUUCUCAGUCUCCACCAUAGUUUUAUUACAAAAAAGGCAGGUCAAAUUUAAUGAUGUUGAUCAGAACUUUCUGUGUCUGUGUAUCAUAACGGUAUCGACGAGCGACUCGCUUAGAAGAAAAAAGUGUGACAAGCACAAGCGCAUCCUAUUACCCAACAUUAUUCCUUUGCCACCAUUGCUUACGUAUGGUUUAGCGCAGAAUGAAAACUAGAAUUCAGCGGCGCAGGUAGAUGCUCCACACAGUGUCAAGGUGUCAGUUUCCGACCAAUUUUCCCCUCGAACGGAUGUAUCGAAAUUCUUCGUCUUCCUAGCUAUGUCAGCUGCUGGUAAAACCAUUGGCUCUGUGGCAACUACUUCUCUGUUUGCUUCAAAUAUUGUUGUUCCAGCUGAUCUGCGUAGAAAUGCUUGGAUUGCUGUCGAUAUCACACCGCCGAACGGUGUAAUGCAACGUUUUCAGUCAACGAUGAAUAAAAUCCCAUCACAGUUCUGCCGACCACGUCCACUAUCGAAAUCAGCUCAAAAAGAAAAUUACUCCUUUUGCUUUCAUCUUUGGAAGAGAUUCGCUCGAACAACAACGGGCCAUGGCUUUGCUAGAAUGGUGGACAGUGACGAACCCAAAUCUAUAAGAAUAUUUUGGGUGGUAGUGGUGGUACUACUCAUAUCGGGACUUUUAAUUUCAAUCGUCAUAAUCAGCUAUGAGGUACUAGUAGUUCGUGGGCUACGCAGAGAAUUCAUCGUUCAGAACAACGGCACAAUGUUCUUGCCCGACAUCCAUAUUUGCGAUACAUCCCUAUUCAAUCGCACUGCUCUUCAAGAAAUGGGUAUCAAUAACACGAUGGCUUCGUACAUGACUUUGGCUCUCUCACACUUGCUAGCAUCACGAGCCAUAAUUGAGGACAAGAAAAAGCAAAAACGCCUCGAUAAAGAAUUCCGGCGUUUGAUUAAAGACAAAACUAUUAAAGAAAUCUUUCACCGAACGGCGCUUCGGUAAGCAGCGAGAAAUGAAAUAUCAUUCAAUUCAACCUUGUAAUCAGUUUUGUACGACAGGUGCGAAGCCAUAAUUCUCGGGUGCAC